CGGGACAUUGGUACUAAGAGCAACACAUUCUCAGCACAACACAGAGAGAAUCCACUAACAUGCCCUCAUAGAUUUUUCUCCCAGUUUUAUAGUCCACGAAACCCCACACACUCUCUGCUCUCUCUCUCUCCAAUCCUGAUGUCGAUGAUUCCUUGAGUAAUUACUUCCCAAUCUCUCGGACCUCUUUCUCUUUCUCUCUCUAUCUAAGCAACUGAUCAUUCUUUACUCACCUAACCUUUUUUCUCCUUGACCCACGACUUCUGUUCAUCUCCGGUUUUCCAUUCAAAUCCUGGGCGGAAUCUUAAAACCCUCCUCAUUGUAUACACGCAAAGCUGGCGUAAUUUAGGUAGCGAACAAAAGCAUGAACUGAUGAACGAAUCGAUUCUGUGCAAUUACGUCUUUUAUUCUUCAUUGAUUUCUCAAUAACUCAUAAUUCUCGAUUGCCAUCUGGUAAAGAUUCGACUAUCGUAAUUUUUCUUUUAUUACAUGCCAUCUUUAUUUCUCUGCUUUGUUCUCCUCGAGUUUUGUUGACUUCCCGAUGCUUACAUCCUGGUGAUAAUUUUUUUUUCGUCUUCCGCGUUUGCUUAUCAUCCGUUUUUGGUUCUAAGUUCUACAAAGCAAUCCGAUUCCACUUGGGAUUCUUCAGAUCUAGUUGAGUUCCUGAUGAUGCCAAUACGACAGUGUCGGUUGUUGACAAGAACCUUCUCUACCCUUCUACGCAUAUGGUAAACAUCCAACCUUUUCCGCAAACUUUGUUCUAAGAUGCUUUCUAGGAUACUGCUUUUGCCAUCAGAGCUACUGGAGUCGACUGUAGUAGGAUACUCUCAGAUCCAAUGCCAAAGGUGUGUUGUUGAAUUCGCUAUCCCUGCAAACACAUUACCCAGAAGGUUAUUUCAUUAGGAACCUUCCAUUUUAAGAUGCAACCAAGGGCUCUAAAUGUAGAGGAAGGGAAGGACUUGCCCGCCACAACCAGAACUACCCAGUCUAGGGUUUUACCACUGAGAAUAUUGCAAUUCUUUGUGCUAUUUCUGGUUUUGGGUAUUGGGUUUUCUGUCCUUAGCAUGUACAUGAUCCGGUAUUUCUCAGUUCAGAAUGUUGUCACCACGGCACGGUCCAGUUUCCAGCCGUGCCUCGAAGAGCCGAAUAGUCUAGAGCGUUGGAUCAGGCCUCCCUCCAGUCUGAUACACAAGAUGAGUGACCAGGAGCUCUUCUGGCGUGCUUCUUUCGUUCCUCGAGUAAAGAAGUAUCCAUUUAGGCGAGUUCCUAAGAUUGCUUUCCUGUUCCUGACGAGGGGUCCUUUGCCGCUUGCUCCUCUUUGGGAGAGGUUCCUCAAGGGUCAUGCAGGACUUUAUUCCAUCUACAUUCAUUCAUUGCCAUCUUACGAUGCCAAAUUUCCACCUACAUCAGUCUUCUACCGGAGACAGAUUCCGAGCCAGGUAUGAACCACCCCUAUGUUUCUUCUUUCUUUUUGUUA